AUGCCGUCGCAGCCCACCUCGCUGCACUACGCGAGCCCCUACCAGCUGAGCGCCUACGCCCUGGCGCUGAAGGCGGUGGGGGAGAUCAUCCAGGACUACGACAGCGACAAGAUGUUCCCAGCCCUGGGCUUCGGAGCCAAGAUCCCCCCGGACGGGCACGUGGCCAAACUCCCACCCGAUGGCAAGAUCUCCCACCAGUUCCCCCUGAACAACAACGUGGACAACCCCAACUGUGCUGGCAUCGAGGGUGUGCUGGAGUCCUACCUCCAGAGCCUGCGCACGGUCCAGCUCUAUGGUCCCACCAACUUUGCCCCUGUUAUCAACCAGGUGGCCGGGGCGGCCGCCCAGGUGACAGAUGGCUCGCAGUACCACGUCCUCCUCAUCAUCACUGAUGGUGUCAUCUCUGACAUGCUGCAGACCAAGGAAGCCAUUGUCACUGCUUCUGCCUUGCCCAUGUCUAUCAUCAUCGUGGGAGUGGGUCCAGCUGAAUUUGAGGCCAUGGAGGAGCUGGACGGUGAUGAGGUACGGGUGUCUUCCCGGGGACGAUAUGCCGAGAGGGACAUUGUACAGUUCGUGCCAUUUCGGGAUUAUGUGGACGACUCGGGAAACCAGGUGCUGAGCAUGGCCCGCCUGGCCAAGGAUGUGCUGGCCGAGAUCCCCGAGCAGCUGCUCUCCUACAUGAAGACCCGCGACAUCAAGCCCCGCCGGGCGGACCCCCAGUAG